AUGAGCACAGGGGCGUGGUGUCGCUUGUCUCCACACGUGCAAACAUUUAAAAGUGUCGACAAACUCCGGCGGACAUUUGUUGGAUGUUCACCGGGGGCAGUGAAAGUACCGUCCGCAGCUCUUUUCUGUCAUAGCUGCGCAUGCAAACGGCUAAAAUGCUGCCGGACUCCUACGGUUGUGUUGUGGCGAACAGGUUCGGGAAUCUUCUGGAUGACGACGCUGACCCGUUUGACUUGCUGAACCAAGUGGAAACGGUGAAGGAGAGGAAGAAAAAGAAGAAGGAUGAGGAGGAGAAGAAAGGCAAACAGAAAAAACAUGGUCAGAAGGAAUCCCAGAAGGAUAGACGCCUCCCUGUCUCGUUGGAGAGUCAAGACCCUGCUCCAGCCCGUAAGCAGCAGCAGCAGCAGCAGCAGCAGCAGCAGGCACGUCCUGGACCAGUGACGGAGAGCAGAUAUGGCAGAGAGGAGGUCCAGAGGGGCAUGAAGAGGGCUGCCUAUGAUCGUAGGGCCAACCAAGAGGAGUAUCCACAGGAGUUUUCCAUCUCCAGACCUUCCUAUAAUGCGGACACAGACUUCAGGGGCAGAGGGGGGAUCAGAGGUAGGAGAGGAGCGAGGGGCGGAGGAGGAUACACAAGGAACUUUGACAACUUCAACCCCAGGGGCAAGAGAGAGUAUGAUCGACAUAAUGGAACAGGUAUCUCCCCUGAGGAAAAGAGAGGAGGCAGAGGACCCUGGAACUGGGGCAGUGUUGAAGAAGCUGGAAGUGAACUGGAGGUGACAACUGACGCUCCAGUCAAAUCUGAGGAGCCCCAAAUGGCUGUGGAGGAAGAGACUCGCGCAAUGGAAGAGGACGGAGAGGUGGUGCUCCAGGUUGCCAUGGAGAUGACCCUGGACGAGUGGAAGGCCAUGCAGGAGAUAAGUCGUCCCAAAGUGGAGUUUAAUAUCCGUAAAGCAGAAAACAAGAUUCCCUCCAAAGCCAAGGUCAUCCACCAGUCAAAGCACCUGGAGGGCCUCAAAGGAGCUGUGGAGGACAUGGAGGACGACAGCAACUUCCUCCGUAGGUCUGUGAAUGACAUCACCUCCCUGAUGGACAUCAAUUUCGGGAGUCUUGGACGCCCCAGUCGUCGGGGAAGGGGAGCAAGAGGUGGACCCACUAGUCGACCAGAGAGACCCAAACCCAUACUGGAGAGGCAGGAGGAUGAUCUGGCUCCUAAUCCAGAUGAUCCAGAAGACUUCCCAGCACUAUCAACAGGAAGAUAACUGACUUCAUGUAUUUAUGGGGAAUAUUGGUUGCACUUGACACUUGCUGGAAAAAAAAAAAGUUCACGUUUCUGCAGUUCUUAAGGUUUGGGGUUUUAUUGUAUUUGAUUUUGUUCUACUGCACUGAAGGCACUGUUGGUAUUUGACUCCCAGAGAAUAAAUGCUUUUGCAAGUUUAU